CAUGCCCAGAGGCAGAAAAUGUCCAACAGCAGCUUCCCCACAGAAUUCCUCCUCCUGCCAUUCUCAGACACGCGUGAGCUGCAGUUCCUGCACUUUGGGCUCUUCCUGGGCAUCUACCUGGCUGCCCUCCUGGGCAACGGACUCAUCAUCACAGCCAUAGCCAGCGACCGCCACCUGCAUACCCCCAUGUACUUCUUCCUCCUCAACCUCUCUCUCAUUGACCUGGGCACUAUUACCACCACUGUUCCCAAAGCCAUGGCCAACUCCCUGUGGGACAUCAGGACGAUCUCCUAUGCAGGUUGUGCUACCCAGCUUUUUAUGUUUGCCAUCUUUCUCACAGCAGAGUUUUCUCUCCUUACUAUCAUGGCCUACGACCGCUACGUUGCUAUCUGCAAACCCCUGCACUAUGGGACAACA